AUGGUUGCGAAUGUACCAAAAAAGAAGAAACAAAAACAAGGGAUACAGAAAUCAUCAUCAGACAGAACGUCCACAGAAAAAACUUCGUCAGGGAAAACGUCAACUGAAGUAUCAUCAUCGGAUAAAACGAAAACUUCCUCUGAUCAAUCAAAGCGUAUAAAAACUUCAUCAGGAGCUCGUUUGCCACAGAACUACCUUGCGCGACUGGAGAAAAUCGAAGAGCAGAGAGAAAGAGAACUACGUGUCAUUCAUCAGAGAGCUGACUCUCACGAGGAUCAAGACGACCAUCCAACUCCUAUAGCUUCGAUGGAUUCAAUGGAAAAGCAGUAUGAGAAAUUACUUAUAGUGGAAAAAGUGCCUACGGAUCAGACAAAAGAUCGUGGCAAAGCUAGACGAUUAUCCGUAGUGACGCAAGAAGAAUUUGCAGAACUUGCUGCAGUGGUUCAUUAUUUGCAAGAGCAAUAUAUUCCAACGGGCAAUGCAACUUUUCCUGAUAACGCAGAACUUCUAGAUGAACUGCGCAAAGGUGCUUCGUUAACAGAUGCAAUGGCAGCUUUACAACUGUCUGCUCGCUUAGAAGCUGCAGAAAAAACUUUAGAACAAAUGAUUACUCUAGUAACCGAUCUUGUCAGUAAAACCCCAGCGAUAAAGGAUCAAACAGCUACUAACAUGAAGCCUAUACCAGAACAAGGCAAAGAAGUAAAGACUGAAGUUGUUUUUGGAGGAGAUGAAAUAGCGUCGCGUACUUCACGGGUUUCACGAGCUUCAACGGUAUCUAAGAAAAUCAAUAUACCAACAAAAUCUAAAAAAUCUUUAGUGGGGUCUAUAGCUACUGCAACUCCAUCCAAAAUAGAAAAUGAUCAAAUAGGAAAAUCAAAGGAGAAGGCAGAUUGCGUAACCGCUGAAGAAUUAGAUAACGUGAUGCAAGAGUUAUAUGACGAAUUUGUAAAAAUAGUAACUGAAAAUACAGCUACGAGUACUACUAACGCUAAAAAUGCCUUAAAAAUAGCCAACAGACUAGAGAUGAAACUGGACGAAUCACUUAAUUUAGGAGAUCGUAUGAAAGAUCUGGAAAGACUUGUCUCCGAUUAUGCUGAACAUAUAAACGCAGUCGACACUAGCAUAUCUGCCCAGAUGACAAACUAUCAGGAGCAACUAACACAGAUGCAGCAUGACUUGGAAUCUGGAAUAGAAACUAUGCAAGAAGCUUUAGCAAAUACUGGUGGAGAUACUGCCGCUUUCGCUGAGCUAAACAAUAAUUUCACAAAUCUUCAAAUGGACUUUGAAUUUGCUACAAUGAGACAAAGAGAUCUCAGAGAUUUACAAGACACAAUGGGCUUAGAUCUUCAGUCUUUAUGGAAACAAAUUGAGUUACUACGAGGCGAAAAAUCCGAUCGCGAUGAAGUGGCAGACGCACUUCGAGAUAAGGCAGGAAUUGCGGCUUUAAAUGGAUUAGUAUCUCGGCCAGAAUUUGAUGCUGUUAGAGGGGACUUGGAAAAACGUAUUGGUGCAGCUUAUGAUAAGUUUAAUAAUCAAGAAAUAGUGUGGCAGUAUAGCAUCAAAAUCAAAGCAAUGAUGGACAUCGUAGGUGAACCCCGUGCUGCUGCAGUGUCACGGAAAUUACACCGUGAUGCAGCGUGCCUCUCAUGCACCACACCUGCACAUAUGGAUAUAGAAGAACAUAAAGUUGGACCCUCCUUUCCAGCGAUACGACCUCCAACAAUGGGUGAAACAAAAAGUAAGCCCUGUCAAGACGGAGAUCAUGAAGGCGUUUGCUAUCCCGGUUUUUCAAUUCCGCAUUCCCCUGACCCACGAUCCUACUUUUGUCAUCGAUAUUGCGGUGGUUCUCAUACGCGGUUAAAUAAUACGAAAAGUCGGGUUCCACCAGGUGUUAUAAUCAACGCUCUUUCCAAAACAAAUGAUAGCACUGUAGGAACUGAUGGAAAGACUUACAUGGCGGACCAUGUUUUAAAACCUUGUAAGGCUUGCAAUAUGCCAAAAAAACUUCCAGUACCACAAGAAGCUGAACCAGCACCAGAAACUCAUAAAGAUCCAGUAAGUUCUGACAUGACUCCGCCUGACUACCGCAUGUCUGGAUUAGCGGGCUCUUUGAUGGAUCCGAUGGGAGCUCAAAUAGAUGCAAUGUCUGCAACACCCCCGCCACCAAUUGAUAACCACUAUUAA